CUGUGCUACGGCGCCUACGGGUGGACAUUUAACGAGUCAAACAAGAGUAGCUUGAUCGGGGAGAAGAGAAGAGACGCCGAGAAGCAGAGGGAGGAUGGAAGGUAUCGGCCAUCGUACGCUGCGGGUGAACGGAAUCAACAUCCAUGUCGCGGAGAAGGGCGACGGCCCUAUCGUCCUCUUCAUCCAUGGCUUCCCUGAACUCUGGUACUCCUGGCGCCACCAGAUCAUCUCCCUCGCCGCCCGCGGCUACCUGGCCGUCGCCCCCGAUCUCCGAGGCUACGGCGACUCAGACUCCCCUCCUUCCGCCUCCGACUAUUCCAUCUUCCACCUCGUCGGUGACCUCGUUGCGCUAGUCCACGCCCUCGGCCAAGAUCAAGUGUUCGUGGUGGGGCAUGAUUGGGGAGCGAUUGUGGCUUGGUGGCUGUGCGUGUUGCGACCGGACAUGGUGAAGGCGCUGGUGAAUCUUAGUGUGCCGUACAGCCCCCGGAAUCCUAGGCGGAGGACGGUGGAAUCCUUGAGGGCCAUUUUUGGGGACGACUACUAUAUGUGCCGCUUCCAGGAACAUGGAGCAAUAGAAGCUGAAUUUGAACAGAUUGGUACUACGUCCUUGAUCAAAAGGUUCUUAACAUAUCGCACUCCAGCAGCCAUUAUUAUAACCAAGGAAAAAGGUAUUGACGGUUCCCUUGAAGCACCUGCUACCUUGCCUUCCUGGCUAUCAGCCGCGGACGUAGAGUAUUUUGCCAACAAAUUUGAAAAGUCGGGCUUUACUGGAGGACUGAACUACUAUCGGUGCAUGGACAUGAAUUGGGAGCUUACCGCACCUUGGACUGGCGUCCAAGUAAAGGUACCGGUGAAGUUCAUUGUCGGGGAUCUUGAUCUAACAUACCAUACGCCAGGCGUGCAGGACUACAUACACAAGGGUGGUUUCAGAAAACGGGUUCCGUUUCUUCAAAAUGUGGUGGUGAUGGAGGGGGCCGGUCAUUUCAUCAACCAGGAGAGGCCACAGGAGAUUUCUGAUCACAUUUACGACUUCAUUAAAAAGUUCUAAUAAUUUAGUCAAGAUCACUUUUCCCUCGAAGGUUCUUGGUAUCUGAAUCACUUGUAUUUAAAAUAAACUGUAAAAUCGACAGAAUUAGUUUGUUGCAGGUUCAGCUUUUUCUGAUUGAAAUGGUGGAUCGGGAUUCAACUCUGGAACUCCUUCCUUUUCAAGAUGGCAA